AUGUUUCUGUGGGCCUACAAUUUAAUUUCACACCUGAUUUCUCUCUCUUUAGAAGUGGAACGGAGAGUGAAAGCCAAUGACCGUGAAUAUAAUGAAAAGUUCCAGUAUGCGGAUAAUCGUAUCAAUACAUCGAAAUACAGUAUUCUCACCUUCUUGCCAAUUAAUUUAUUUGAACAAUUCCAAAGAGUGGCAAAUGCCUAUUUUCUUUGCCUUCUGAUUUUACAGCUAAUUCCAGAAAUCUCCUCCUUGACCUGGUUUACCACCAUUGUGCCUUUGGUCCUGGUAAUAACUAUGACAGCUGUCAAAGAUGCCACAGAUGACUUUUUUCGCCACAAGAGUGAUAAUCAAGUGAAUAAUCGGCAGUCUGAAGUGCUCAUCGACAGCAAACUACAGAAUGAAAAAUGGAUGAAUGUCAAAGUGGGGGACAUCAUUAAAUUAGAAAAUAACCAAUUUGUUGCUGCUGAUUUACUUCUCCUAUCAAGUAGUGAACCACAUGGUCUCUGUUAUGUUGAAACUGCUGAGCUUGAUGGGGAAACGAACCUAAAAGUUCACCAGGCGCUAUCAGUUACUUCAGAACUUGGAGCAGAUAUUAGCAGACUUGCAAGGUUUGAUGGGAUUGUUGUCUGUGAGGCACCUAACAACAAGUUAGAUAAAUUCGUGGGAAGUCUCUCUUGGAAAGACAGCAAGCACUCCCUCAACAAUGAGAAGAUAAUCCUGAGAGGCUGCAUCCUGAGAAAUACCAGCUGGUGUUUUGGAAUGGUCAUUUUUGCAGGUCCUGACACUAAACUAAUGCAAAACAGUGGUAAGACAAAGUUUAAAAGGACAAGCAUUGAUAGACUGAUGAAUACUCUAGUACUAUGGAUUUUUGGGUUUCUGAUAUGCUUGGGAAUUAUUCUUGCAAUAGGAAAUUCAAUCUGGGAAAGUCAAAUUGGGGGCCAAUUCAGAACUUUCCUCUUUUGGAAUGAAGGAGAGAAGAGCUCUGUGUUCUCCGGAUUCUUAACAUUCUGGUCAUAUAUUAUUAUUCUCAAUACAGUUGUACCCAUUUCCUUAUAUGUGAGUGUGGAAGUAAUUCGUCUGGGACAUAGCUAUUUUAUAAACUGGGACCGGAAGAUGUAUUACUCUCGAAAAGCAACACCUGCAGAGGCUCGGACGACCACGCUCAAUGAGGAACUGGGGCAGAUUGAGUACAUUUUCUCUGACAAAACGGGUACCCUCACUCAAAACAUCAUGACCUUUAAAAGAUGUUCCAUUAAUGGGAGAAUCUAUGGUGAAGUACAUGAUGACCUAGGUCAGAAGACGGAAGUAACUCAGGAAAAAGAGCCUGUGGAUUUCUCAGUCAAAUCUCAAGUGGAUAGAGAAUUUCAGUUCUUUGACCACAGUCUGAUGGAAUCCAUUGAACUGGGUGAUCCCAAAGUUCAUGAAUUCUUUAGGUUACUUACUCUCUGCCACACUGUAAUGUCAGAAGAGAAUAGUGCAGGAGAGCUAAUUUACCAAGUUCAAUCACCUGAUGAAGGGGCUCUAGUGACUGCUGCUAGAAAUUUUGGGUUCAUUUUUAAAUCCCGGACCCCAGAGACCAUAACAAUAGAAGAACUGGGAACACCAGUUACUUAUCAAUUACUUGCCAUUCUGGAUUUCAACAAUACCAGAAAAAGGAUGUCUGUCAUAGUUCGAAACCCAGAAGGGCAGAUAAAGCUUUAUUCCAAAGGAGCAGAUACUGUUCUGUUUGAAAAACUUCAUCCUUCCAAUGAAGACCUUCUGUCUUUGACGUCAGACCACCUCAGUGAAUUUGCAGGGGAAGGCCUUCGGACCUUGGCCACCGCAUACAGAGACCUAGAUGACAAGUACUUUAAAGAGUGGCAUAAGAUGCUUGAAGAUGCAAAUGCUGCCAUAGAAGGAAGGGAUGAACGAAUAGCUGCGCUGUAUGAAGAAAUUGAAAGAGAUUUGAUGCUACUAGGUGCCACUGCUGUAGAAGAUAAGUUACAAGAGGGUGUUAUUGAAACGGUUACAAGUUUAUCACUAGCUAAUAUUAAGAUCUGGGUCCUAACAGGAGACAAACAAGAAACUGCCAUCAACAUCGGUUAUGCCUGCAACAUGCUGACUGAUGACAUGAAUGAUGUAUUUGUGAUAGCAGGGAAUACUGCUGUAGAAGUGAGAGAAGAACUCAGGAAAGCAAAAGAAAAUUUGUUUGGACAAAACAGCAAUUUUUCCAAUGGCCAUGUAGUUGGUGAAAAAAAGCAGCAGCUGGAGUUGCAUUCUGUUGUAGAAGAAACCGUAACAGGAGAUUAUGCCUUAAUCAUAAAUGGCCACAGUUUGGCUCAUGCCCUAGAAAGUGAUGUCAAGAAUGAUCUCCUAGAACUUGCUUGCACGUGUAAGACUGUGGUUUGCUGCAGAGUCACUCCACUCCAGAAAGCCCAGGUGGUGGAGCUGGUGAAGAAGUACAGGAAUGCUGUUACUUUGGCCAUUGGUGAUGGAGCCAAUGAUGUCAGCAUGAUUAAAAGUGCUCACAUUGGUGUUGGCAUCAGUGGCCAGGAAGGAUUGCAAGCAGUCUUGGCCAGCGACUAUUCAUUUGCACAGUUUAGAUAUCUCCAGCGGCUUCUCCUUGUUCAUGGAAGGUGGUCUUAUUUCCGAAUGUGCAAAUUCUUAUGCUAUUUCUUCUAUAAGAAUUUUGCAUUUACACUUGUGCAUUUCUGGUUUGGUUUCUUCUGUGGUUUCUCAGCCCAGACUGUUUAUGACCAGUGGUUCAUCACCCUUUUUAACAUUGUUUACACAUCACUGCCUGUUUUAGCCAUGGGGAUUUUUGACCAGGAUGUGAGUGACCAGAACAGCAUGGACUGUCCCCAGCUCUACAAACCGGGACAGCUGAAUCUACUUUUUAACAAGCGUAGAUUUUUCAUUUGCGUGUUGCAUGGAAUCUACACCUCAUUUGUCCUUUUCUUCGUUCCCUAUGGGGCCUUUUACAACGUGGCUGGAGAAGAUGGGCAACAUAUUUCUGACUACCAGUCCUUUGCAGUUACCAUGGCCACAUCUUUGGUCAUUGUGGUCAGUGUACAGAUAGCCUUGGAUACCAGUUACUGGACUUUCAUUAAUCACGUCUUCAUCUGGGGAAGCGUUGCCAUUUAUUUCUCCAUUUUAUUUGCAAUGCACAGUAAUGGCAUCUUUGGCAUCUUCCCAAACCAGUUUCCAUUUGUAGGUAAUGCACGACAUUCCCUGUCCCAGAAGUGUAUCUGGCUUGUAAUUCUCUUAACAACAGUGGCUUCAAUUAUGCCAGUGGUGGCAUUCAGAUUUUUGAAGGUGGAUUUAUACCCAACCCUGAGUGAUCAGAUCCGCCAGUGGCAGAAGGCUCAAAAGAAGGCAAGACCUCUAAAAAGCCGAAGGCCUCAGACCCGCCGGUCAAGCUCAAGAAGGUCUGGAUAUGCUUUUGCUCACCAAGAGGGCUAUGGAGAGCUUAUCACAUCUGGAAAAAAUAUGCGAGCUAAAAAUCCACCCCGAACAUCAGGGCUGGAAAAGACACAUUAUAAUAGCACUAGCUGGAUUGAAAAUUUAUGUAAGAAAACCACAGACACAGUGAGCAGCAUUAGCCAGGAUAAAACAGUGAAACUAUGAGUCAAGAUGAAUUUAAACCACAUAGUUAUCUUUUCACUUCAGGUGGAGCUGAAAUUCCACUGGCUCCAGAGUUUGGGAUUUGAGGCUAGAGGUGGGGCAGGCAGAUUGCCUCACUUAACUUAAAUCUGCGGCAGACAGCUGCCAGUGCCCAUCAAACAGCAGCGUACGCAAUGGAAAACCAGGCCAGUAGUCACUGUCUAGUUUGUGAUUUGGUGGACGAAACACUCACUGUUACAAGUACAGAUGUUUUUAAAAAAUCAACCUAGAUACCAGUUGUCCUAAACUGUAGAAUCUUACUUAUGGAGAAAAACUUGCAAAGCUGCGUAUACAUUGAGUGGAUCCUCAGGUGGGUAAAAGGGUACAUUUUAAAGGUAUAUAUCCAAGCUGAAAAGCAUGCCUAUUGACAGAUAAACAUGUAUAUGUAAGAUCUGCCUUUCCCAAGGUAUACUUUUAAGAUUUAGAGAGGUACUAUGGUGCUUUCAGACUGGGUUGCAUGUCACUCUUUAGUCUGGAUAUCUACCAGUCUGUUCAGCUAGAACAACGAAUGGCUUUCAUCCCUGAAGAUACCAAAGUUGUGUUUGUGUUUCUCUUUUUUCUACCAGUCUAGGGACAAAGAAGACUGAACGUCUUUGCAGCAGGAUAGGCUGGUAAUUUGAUCAAAUUUAUUCAAAAAGCUCUCAGACUGUGUCAUGUAGGGACAUGCUCAUGAAAUAUCAAAGAGGCUCACCACUAAGUAUUCUAAAUACUUUUCAAUGGCUUUUCUAACAAGCUCAGUAGUAAUUUGCUGAGCAUCAUCCAAACCAUUAAAAGAAUCAGCGAAACACUGGAAUUUCACACUUUAAUGAUAAUAUUACAUAUAGUCUAUGGGCAAAUGUUUUCAACAUUUCCAAUUUUUAAAGUUUCAGAAUUGAAGCCAAACAAAUUAAUAAAUAAUUGUUUUAAUUAGUAUUUAAAAACUCAGGUUUGGAUCAUUUAAAGUUAGUUGCUUUUGAUACUCAGAUGUUGUGUUUAUAAGUCAAACAUGUAAUAGACAUAUGUAGGUAAGGUUGAUAUUUCUGGAGAUGUUUCAGCUCCAAUUUUCAGUCCACAUAUGAAUCACCAGUGGAUUUCCUAUAAAGUGAUUCAAGCAUAUUUGUGUGAAAACCUCAGCUCUGUCACUUCUUCCCUGUAUAAACUUGAGCAAUAAUG